AGUUCACUUGUGGCACUUGUCGAGAGGCACCCAGAGUAGAAGCCACUGUAGCCAUGAAGGCAGCCCUCGUCCUGCUGAUCGCUGGUGUGUUUCUUGUGGCGUACCGCUCGCCGCUCGCCGCUGCAGACGAUGGGGAGGAAGUGGUGGAUGAAGCAGCCGAAAACAGAGACGCUGAUGACGACGACGCCGACAGCUCAGCAGACGACGACGUCGACGGGAGCGAUGGUGGGGACGCUGGGAGUGUGGAGAACAGGCUGGCAGGCAAAGGUGCUCACGCCCGGGCUGGCCACGCCAAGCAUGUGCGUGCAGGCAGCCGACACGCUGCAGGCAGAGCUGCAGUCAGGCCCCACUCCAGGUCAGGCGCUGCCCGCAGGGCCGCCCACAGCAAGUAGUCGCCGCUGCUGAGGAGGCGCUACACUGUGGAGGCGCAGUCUGGUGCUGCUCACAUUGUCCUGUACCCUGCGCUCAUGUGUAUAAAAUAAAGAAGCAGUGUAGUUUGCAGUAAAUAAAUGUCUCUAUUACUCCGUGUCCUAUAAAUGUAAACUCUAGCACGUACGUAGGUGGAAAUCAAAUAUAGAAAAUUACU